GCCUGACGCGAAGCCAUGAGGUGUCAGAGCACGAGAGGGGCCAGCGCGCACAGCGCGGCCCAGCGCAGCCGUGACAGCCUCGCGCCGGGGCAGCCCGCGCGCAGCAGACGCUCGCCGCGUGACAGGCGGCCCGGAGCGGCCUCCGAGCAGGAAGUGCUGCGUGCCGGUGCCGCCGCGCGCCCUGCCUCCCCCGGGCAGGCCAGUUCCGCCGGGCGCGGCAGCAUGGCCGGGCUCAGGCCCGCCGCUCUGCUGCUGCUGCUGGGCGCGCUGCUGCUGCCCGGCCUGCCCGCGGAGCACGUCCCCGCGCUGCUGUGGUCCACGGGCAGAUCCCAGUGGAAUCCAGACCCUGCUUUGCAUGAAGGACACAUUGUCUCAGCACAGGAGCUGGCUGUACUUCUGCAACCUGUUUUUACUCCAAAUCCCAGCAACCUUGUUUUGUUCCUUCAAGAGAGGCUUAGCAUAGACGAUUUCACCUACUACAGUGAAUCCUAUGGUAACAAGAAUCCAUUUCAAAAUGUUCAGGAAAUUCUUCAGUCUUCUCCUUCAUCUUUAGUUUUGCCUGCUGUUGACUGCAAGGCUACCAGGGAUCUCUUGAGCUUUCUUCAGGAAUCAGGAGAUUGGAAUUUGCAAAACUUGACAAAUCUUGAUAUCUCUCAGCUGGAAGUGAAUACAUCUAAACCAAACUUACUUGUAAUUCAGCUACAACCACUUACCAGUGAUUUAAAUGAGAUUUCCACCCUGGAAGCAAUUGCUGAAAAUGAUAAAAUAAUUGGAAGACUGACCAGGGAUCUGCAGGAACAAGGGAUUCAUUUUUCAGUAAUUUAUACUGCAGUGAGACCUUCAAGGAUUUCUAGAAAACCUGAUGUGAUGUGGAAAUUAAGACGACAGUUAAUGGCUACUGAAGAAGACGACGAUUCCUCAUAUCCACCUCUGAAUGUGACCACUGGAAAUAAUACGUGCAUCCUUUUCUAUGCUAGUAAUUUUAGCCUUGUUGUCAAUGGUUCAGUUUUAAUAGAAUUGACAAAAGCGACGUUUGUUACCCGGAGUGUGGAUAUUUCUUCCUCUACGUGCUCAGACGCCAACACAACACUGUCAUUAAAAUACACAAAGCCAGUGAAUGGAAUCAACAGCCUAGAGAUAAGGUUUUUAAUGACCAAUAUGUUCUAUGGAGGCUCAGCUAGAAAUUGGUUCACUUUGGAUUCAGUUGAGAUUGUACAAGAUGAAGAAAAGCUUGCUAAGUAUAAUGUAUCUGUCAUCUCUGCUCCUGCAGAGUACUCAUUUCAUUGUCAGCUGGUGGGAACAAGUAGUCUCUAUCCGGCAAGGCUGAUUCCAUCCAACAUGGAAGCAAUCAACUGGGAUGUUUUCAUUUCCAGGUUCCAAAUUCAAGGAUUCAACGUGGAAAAUGGCCAGUUUUCCUAUGCCAGCGACUGUACAGGUUUCUUCAGUCCUGCAAUCUGGAUGGGCUUGGUAACAUCUAUAAUUUUACUGUGGAUCCUGACCUAUGGAAUCCAUAUGAUCAUGCAGCUCACAACAAACAGCAGAUUUGAUGAUCCCAAAGGUCCAGCUCUGUCAGUUCCUCAGACAGAAUAGCUAUGGAUUUAUUUGAUGCUGCUUCAGCUUUUCCUGGGUUGAUAUUUAUGAUUUUUAUAAGCCUCCUACUGUCUGACAUGUGUAGCCUAAAAAGUCAUCGCAGAAAAGGAUAAUCAAAUGACAUAUUAAAAGGAUACUUAUGGUUAGCAAUAAUAAUAAUAAUUCUACUUGUUAUUAACUUUCAUUUUUUUAAUAAUGUUCAUUAUUAAGGUCUAAGGUGAGGUUGUCAAGAUUAUUACUCUAGCUAUUAAAAAGACCAGAACAAGCUGCCUUCAGAUUAAAUAUUUUUGGCAAAGAAAGACUAUCAAAACAGAGAGAAAUGAGAAGGAUUUAUAAAUAACUAAUUCAAUAAGAAACUGAAAUAUUAUCAUACUAAGUAUGAUUAAAUGUGCCAGUGCAGAUAGAAAUAAUGUAAUUUUCUUAGACUUCUUCCUUUGCCAGGUAUCUUUGGAGUAGUUUUGAAGUUGUAAAAAAAUGGGAAAAAAGACAGUGGUACUGUACAGUUUAAGUCUGAACGUGUUCAUGGUCAUCUCACUGCUUCCAGAAGCCUGAUAGAGCUCAGUGUGAUUAAUUCUUUUGCAAUUAAUUAAUAAAGAGACUACAACCUCUCACUGAUCCAUCUGAAUGUGGUGGGAAUUGCUAAAUAUUAUGGGACAGAAAAUGGAAAAAUGGUGAGAAAAGGUAAAAUAAUAUUUUUAUUCUUUUGUUAGAAAUGUAUUUUUAAGACUGUACACGUUCUGUUACUAGAUAAAGAACAAAAAGAUACAAUUUAGCAAAGUUACAAAGCCACACGAGAAAAAUUCUAUUCACAGAAUUGCGUUAGACAGGCACUGUGCAAAAAUAAGUUGGCGGAAGAGAUAACUGGACUUCAUUAAUCCCCUCUUUGCAGAAUGAGUCUUCCUUGAAAACUGACGUAAUAGUCAUGAAACUGAUAGCUAGGACAAAGGACAUUACAAGGGACUUGGUUUGGAGAAGACAGCUUUCCUAUGACUCUUCUCUAGAUUCACCGAAGUUUAAAAUAGAUUCUGUUCACUGGUGCUGAUAUAUGAGAACUGAAGGACAGCUAUACAAGGCCACAGGGGGCCCCCAGUAUUUUAUGCUGCCCUGCAGCCAUGGAGGGGAACAAGACCCUGAUUUCAGCAGGGCUAGGCCUCAAGAACUUCUAGCAGGAUUUUGCACCUGCCUGUGUUUGCCUACUUUGCCGAAUAAAGUUAGAAAGCUGCCAAGGGCCUCUCAGUUCUGUGUUCUUCUGUUUUCGCAGUUGAGCUUAAUCACAGGUACACUUGUUAAAACACGCCUGCUUCAGGAACAGUUCCAGCGAGAACAUUAACUGUGUCUGGAAGGUGUGAGCCUUCGUGACUUAACCUGGAGCUCAUUGAAGUUAUCAGAAGUGUUUCCAAAGACUUCUGUCAGUGCCAGCUCAUUCUCUACAGAGUACAAAAUAAUGAAGAGGGGAGGGUGGCAAAGAGCACGGCUAAAAAAAAAAAACAACAGAAACAUAAAUAAAUGAAACUUUAUUGACAGUUUCUAUUUUUUUUCCCUCAAAAACAAAACAAAAAAAAAAACACCCCAAA